ACUGCUUGGAUUAAACUAAUAUUGCUUUCAAGCUGCUUUUGAUAGUGUUUCUGCUGUUUGUUGCAUCUUCGGGCCUAAGACUUGCAGAACUGUAUCGCAAAAACGUCGGGGACGCGUCACCUUCAGCUUUAAACUAUAUACCUACCACAGUCUAGUUUUGUGUUUUAGGAAGACAAUUCUACUGCCUUAGAGUUUACUGACACCCACAGCCGGGCAAAUUAGCAUACUUCAGGACGCGUCGAGCACCUGAAAAUGGCCGGGUCCGGCCGUGUUGCAUCCUAGUUAUUGGCAGGGCCGCAAAGGCGGCCCGACGGUGUCACAAGUGGAGCUAUGGGCGGCCUUUUUGAGUGUUGCCUCAGGCCCAGCGUCGUGCCAAUUGGUCCUGAACAGUCGACUCCACCGUCAAGCGUAGUGGCAGUGACCCCUGAGGACCAUAUUGGCAAUGACCUGGGCGGCAAGCAGCCUCUUGCAGAGCGGAAGCAGCAGGACUCACUUGCGAUGGGGCAUUCCAGCACGGACGCCACCAGCAUCUCGCCUUCAUCGGGGGUUGCUUCCUCGCAAUUUCCGCAGUCCCGUUCUCGCCAGAGGCGCCAAAGCAUGGAGGCGGGCGAGGCUUUGAGUACCACGCUGGAAAUUGCUAGGCAGCGGCGCGCUUCGAGCACAUAUGAGCAAAUGUCGACAUCUGGACAGCCUGGGGCUAAAGGGCUGAUGAACUGGGGUUGGCUUAAGGGCCACUCGAGUCGCCCGCUGGGCCCUGCCCAGCCAGCUGAGCAGCAGACGGUCUCACCUAGCCGUGGGCUCCAGCGCAUGCGCGAUAGCUCUGCCAGCACCGCAGAAUCGCUUCAGCGACGUGGCUUUCCUGUACAUUACGCAAAGGACAUUCAUAAAACAGUAUCAACUUCGACAACUAAGCCCAUCGCUGUCCUGGGCCUUGAACCUUCAAGCGAAAGCAGCGACACAGGGGGGGUGCACAUGGAGCAGGCGAAGACUUCUGCAGACGGUUCACCGGAGUUGCAGUCGCGUCGAAACCACAACAAACUCUUCCCUCUGUAUGUCAAUGGGGUGGCUAAGUCAUAUUUCAAAAUCGGAGCCAGUCGCGACUAUGCUCAGGUGCUGCGACGAUUAUUACGGCGUGACCCCCUUCUAACGUUCGCGCUGCAAAAGGCCAUCAAGAACCUCUCUAAGGGAGACUGCAAGCCUAUCAGCCACGUCACCUCGGACCCAACCGGUGCAUCAGCGUCGCUUUAUGGCCUGCGCAUCACCCCAUGCGUGUGGUCGGACGCGAACGGACACAAGCUGCCGGCAUUACUCCUGGAGCACAAUGUGCCCUAUGAGUCACAGGACGUCAUGCCGCGCCUGCUGCGCGACUACGCGGUCCUGUCGCACGUGCCAUCCAUCCUCACGCUCAUCGACUUCAAUGGCCAUGUCCUGUACCAGAACGCCGCUAGCAUAGACUACUGCGGCGACCUGACCAGCCACAACGUGGAGACUGGCGAUGGCAUGAUGGGCAUCCUGUUUCAGUACGAGCCGCAGCUGCUGCAAGAGAUGUUGCAGGAGGUCAAUGAGGGCAACUACUGGCAGCAGGUGGUGCGCGUGCCUGCCUCGCUCAAACGGCACAUGGUCUUUGAGCCCGAAAACACCUGGGGCUACGGCAGCAGGGGCGCGGGUAAGAAGCUCACAGCGGCCGUCAGCAAGCGCUUCCACCAGGACGACUUGGAGCCCGAGUUCCAGCUGGAAAGCUUCACGACCCAGAACGCACGCAGCCAGCGGAACAACAACCGCAAGCUGCAGCCCAUGUUCUCCUCGCAGCCCAGCAUGGUCCGCUCUGAGAGCAUGGCUCGGGUGAGCCACAACCUGCCGAUACGGCAGGACACACGGGACAGCGGAGUGGCCAUUGCCGGCCCUGCCGCGCUGCCUGUGGGACGCCUAGGCAGCAUCACAGGCUCUGCUCCGCGGCUGGCCAGCCACACGCUCCCCAGCGGCACCCACGUCGCAUUCAACCUGCCCAACCAGCCGAACCAGGUGGAGGAGCAGCCGCCGCCGCAGCAGCAGCAGGCGCAGGGCAGCAACCCGCAGCAACACAACGGCUCCUUCACCGCUCUAGGCAAGCCGGGCGGCCCCACGCCACACUCGCACCUCGCCAAUACGGGUCAGAACCGGCGCUUCAUGACGCUGAUGCAGUCAGCAGCGGCGGCGGAGCGGCAGCAGCAGCAGCAACAAAUACAACAGCAGCAGCUGCAGCAACAGCAGCAGCCCAGCUUUACUGGAUCUUCUCCGGUCGAGCAGGCGGAGGGUGAGAGGCCGGAUGCGCGGCUGAGUGCGAUGGUGCAGGAGGAGUGCUGGCACGACAUAUCCGCCAUCCCGCUGCUGGACCCCGUGCUGGACAAACAGGUCAUCCUGCUGCUGCAGACUAACGUCACGGCGCGUGUGGAGCUGGAGAACCGCCUGGCUGACCUGACGGACGCGCAGCUGGGUAUGCUUGAGCAGCUCUUCCCGCGGCACGUGAUCGAGUACAUGCUGUCGCACAAGCACGGGUACAACUCUCGCAACCUGACGCAUCUGGCCAACCACCAUGAUGACGUCAUCGUGCUCUUUACGGAUGUGGUUGGCUUCACGUCCAUGAGCAAGGAGGUGGAACCCAGUGAGGUGAUGCACUUCCUCAACGAGCUCUACACCAUCUUUGACGACCUGGUUGACGACCACGACCUGUACAAGCUGGACACCGUGGGCGAUUGCUACAUCGUGGUGGCGGGGCUGACCAUGCAGGACGACGACGGGUUCACGUGCACGGUGCAGGCGGACACCGAGCAGCGACUGCAGCACGCGCAGGUGAUGAUGAACUUUGCGAAAGCCAUCCUGCGGGAGUCCAAACAGGUGCUGAUGCCGCACAACCACUGCCCGGUGCAAAUCCGUAUCGGCAUUCACCUGGGCAGCUUGGCGAGCGGGCUGGUCGGCCCGAAGAUGCCCAAAUUCACGCUUUUCGGCGACACCAUGAACACGGCGAGUCGGAUGGAAAGCACCUGCAGACCGGGCUGCGUCCAGGUAUCGGAGAUCUUUGCGCGGCUUCUCCCGCUGGAGGACUGGCAGGACACGGGCGGUGUGGAGGUGAAGGGCAAGGGGCACAUGCAGACCUUUCUGUGGAUCCCCAAACCCGAGGACCUCAUACCUCACGGCGUCGGACCCCGAGCGCUACCCCCCCUCGAAGACCCGCCUGUACUCCCAGUCGACGACGGCUCUGUGCCCGCGGCCGCUGCGGGAUCCCUCAGUCCCUCCGCGGCCACCUCAACCGCAGCAGCCUCCACAGCAGCGACGCCCGAGGACCCCACCGCAGACCGCAUGGAGGUUGACCCGGCUGCGCUGCGCUCCGUCACGGCCUCGCCACUCACCCGGCCCAAGUCCAGUCGUCCGUACCGGCCGAAAUCCAGCCGACCCAGAUCGAGUCGCUACCUGCGCCCUUCGACGGCACGGUUGCGGGAAAGCCGAGAUGGCGGUCCGGGUGCAGCCGUGAUGAGUCGGCCCAGCACGGCCAGCAGCUACGGUGGGCUGGGACGUACGGCGUCGCUUACUCGCGGCAACGGUGGGAGGUCCAUGUCGCGGCGUAACGUGAGCUUUCGGUUCCAGGAGGAAUCGGGCAACGGCGACGAUGACGAGGAGGAGGAGCGGGACGAGAGUACUCCUUUCAUGGCGAUCCUGAACGCCAUUCGCGGCAGCGGCACGGGGGAUGGGGACGACCUGGACGUUCAGCGCGUGUCGUACACAUCAGGCACGAUCAGCCGUCGGGAUCUGAAUGGCGCUGCCAUUCGCGUGUCGAGUGACGGCGACGACGGCGACAGUGGCAUGCCGCGGAAAGCGCAGACGUCCCGUUUCGACGGCAUCCUCGCAGGCAAGCGCGCCAGCAACGGCUACCCUGGCUCUCGCCGGAGUAGCAGCGGACUGCCCAUGGUAGGCGGCGGUUUCGGGGGCGCAGGGUUCGGGGGCCGGGACAGCCGGGUAGGGACGUGCAACGGCGACGUCAGUCGCUUCACCACCUCUAAUGGCGAUACCAGUCGCUUUGGGACGGCGAACGGUGACGGCGGGGGGCGCAUGGGCGGUGAUGUGGGUGCGGAGAAGGGUGCGGUGGACGCGCUGCGACAGGUGCUGCAUGAGCUGCUGCCGGCCGCAGCUGCGAAGCCAGAUAACGCGGUGAAGCCGGUGAAGGCGGUACGUCUGGCGCUAUCGUCGGAUGCGCUGGUGGGCAGCGGCAGUCAACAACCCAUGGUUGAGCGGCCGGUGUUCACCAGUGCAGCAGGGGGGACUGCUGCUGGGGAUGGAGGGUAGGAGCGGGUUGCGGAUGCAGCUAACCACCAGCUGACACUAGGGACACUAGCCCGGGCUGCGUGGCCUGGCCCUCACAUGCAUGGGUGGCCUUGCCCCAUGCGGUUACAGAUGCAGCGCAGUUCACGUGUAUGUGUGCAGGUGACUGGAUUUGUGUCUUUGGAGGGCUGGGUGUGUACAUGUACCGGUAGCAGGCGAACGGAAGGUUACGCGCGCAUGGAUGGUCGUGGCUGGGGAGUGACGCGCGUGAUCUUCUACAUGUUAUCUUAUACACACACAGCGGGUGUGCGCGGGAUGUGCAGUGGACUGUACGGUGUUGUAUGCGAUGUAGCUACUGUUGGCACACUUGGGUUUGAUUAUGGAUGCUGUGAAAGCACCCUUUCCCAAUGUGUGGAAUUGCCCUAUAUGGCAGGGAGGCGCUGGUGGUUUUUGUGGGGCCGAUACCUGCCCCCCUCGUCCUGUCCCUGUGUUUUUCCCACAAGCUUUCUGCUGGGUGCUGUGACAGAUGCCUGUGUGCAUUGGGAGGACGGGAGUGUCGCACUUAUACAUAAAAAGGUAUUGCGCAUGGUGUACACGUUUUGAGGGAUAUCGGAUAAGUAUACCGAACGGGGGCGGCUGCCACAACAACGAAAGAGUUGCGCAGGAGGUGUCGCGGGAAGCGCCUGUGAGGCUCAUGCCCGAGACCAGGCGCACGUUUGGCACGCAGGCGGCACCCACAGGGAGGCAGGAGGCCGUCCGCAAAGAAAAGUACCGUGAAAGGACUGUCGCAAAGGCUGUUUGCAUGUAACGACGUGACGCCGCGUGUUGCGUUGCCAUGCAAAGCUGUUUGGUCUCGUUGUUAGUUUCUAUUGACAAUAUGCUGAGUUGAGUGAUGUGAUGGCACGAUGCGAGUGCGGUCCCGGUGACGUAGCGUUUGACCAGGUGACUGGUCAACGCGGCGGGGGGCGGGCGUGUCUGACAGCGCGCACCCUUGUAUCGGCAAUGGCAGUGUAUUGACGUGAAAGCACGCCGGAUUGUCGGGGCUGAGGAGGUGCGUAGGAGGUAAUGUUGUGAACUGGAAAGUGAUCUUGUGACGGCCGUAUGGGUCGCUUUGCUUUAUUAGUUAGGAACGAGCAUGCUUUGCCAUGCAUCUUUGCUCUAAUGUUGCAUUGUUUUUAUACUUUUCGGUAUGGCUACAACAGCUUUGGGUGGGGAUGUCUCUGGCUAGCGUUCAUACGCACAUACGGACACCAGGCGUUAAAUUGGCAUCAAUGCAUGGGAACCUGCUUUGAGCCCUUGGUUGCAUCGUGUUUAGGUAUUAGGCAUCCGUUGAUCAGUAAUAUUGUUGUUAUAGCCAGUGCCAGUAGAGAGGAGCAGGUUAGAGAGGACAGGGCUGACUAAUGGCGUAAUGGGCAUGUGCGCAAUCGCGCGUGGUGUUCUCAAUUAGGCCACACCGGGAAAGGGGCGGCGGUUCAAGAGGACGCAUGCGCAGACCAAGUGCUGCGAACAAGAGCCAUGGAGGGAGGAAGAAGAGAGGUGGUAUCGUCCUAAAGCUCGCAAGUUACGCAGGCGUGUUGCCUGGGGUUGUAGAAUGACAUAUGUUGGCUGUCAUAAGGCCACUCAGAACUGCAAAUGUAAGAACACUGUUGUGUUGCCCCAUCGGACCCAUGGUGAGCCCACACUUUAGGUGGGCAGAGUCCUCGGAAUGCUGCAGGGUGGCGGGAACUUCCCGUGCGCGAAUGACAUCCUUUGAGCGCUUUGCUCAUCCCUGGCGAACCCCGAGCCCUACGAAUUGUACCCUCACGUGAAAUGGAGCCCUGUUGCUUGCUUCCCUUACGUGGAAGCAGCGUUGUGGCGCAAGCUUGCCCACCAAUAGCCAUGAGUGCCGUCUGCGUUUGGCUAGGGCGCACUUGGGGGGCUAGGACCAGCAGGCAGAUGCGCGCCGGGUGUUGCGUUUUCGCCCGGUGCCGUACGCAUGUACAGCGGUGCUGACCAACCGCUCGGCUCAAAGGCAUGCAGGGCAGGACACCUACUGGCAAGAUUAGCAAAGGUUCCUGCGUUUUUGCCAUCAGGGUUCCUUAGGUCUUAGCAUUGCCACACGUCGGUGGCUCCAGAAUGCUAUUGUUGUAACGUAUACGGUAACAGGAGAAGUGGUAUAAAGCUUAAACACUCUUCGAAGUAGGCGCAUACGCCGGCGAGAAAAAAAGGAAACGUCCCUAUCCAGUUCCUCCUGCGCAUUAUGGCGAAGUCGCUUCGUUGUGGAGUUUGCGGCGCCCUUUUGCGUAGCGUUGCCGAGGCACAAAAUCAUGGCGAGGUCACAGGGCACGCUAGCUUUGAGGAAACCACGGAAGUGAUCAAGGUCAUGAAGUGCGUGACGUGCGGGAAGCCCUGCCGUACCGACGCGGAACGCGACAUGCACAAGCGCUUCACCGGACAUUCCGAGUUUGUGGAGCAGACGGAGGAUGCAACCCUCAACACGGAGCAGCAGAUGCGGGAGGCGCGGGACGUCAUGGAUGAGGACGUGGACCUGCUGCGGGCGGCGGCGGGUAAGCCGCCGCGGGCCAAGCCAGCAGCAGCGGGGGCGGGUGCGGAGGCGGCUGGCGGCGAGGCGGGGACCAGCGGGUCAGAGGGAGAGAUGGUGCCAGCGGAGGUCCCUGAGGGGCUGCUGAAGGAGAUGGAGGAAAUGGGCUUCAGCAGGAACCGUGCCGUACGUGCUAUUUGGUUUUCCAAGGCGCUCACCAGCGUGGAGGCAGCGGUGAACUGGCUGUUGGAGCAUGAUACGGAGCCAGACAUUGACGAACCGCUGCUGGUGAAGAAGUCCGCCAACGAUGACGCUGCUGCCGCUGCCGCCGGGGGCGAGGAGGGCGGCAACAAGGAGCAUCUGGACCCGGCGGAAGCUCGGAGGCGGGCGGAGGAGCUGGUGCGGCGGGCGCGAGAGAAGCGCGAGAAGGAGGAGAAAGAGAUGGAGCGGCAACGGGAGCUGGAGCGCAUUCGCGCGGGCAAGGAGAUGCAAAAGAUCCGAGAGCGCGAGGAGGAGCAGGCGCUGAAGCGCAUCGCUGAGCAACGCCGGCGCGAGAAAGAGGAGGACGAGCGAGCGCGAGCGGAGCUGCGGCGCAAGCUGGAGGAGGACCGGAAGGAGCGGCGGCGGCGGCUGGGGCUGCCGGAGGAGCUGACGGAGGAGGAGAAGGCUCGAGAGGCCGAGAAGCGCAAGAAGCAGGAGGAGGAGGAGGCUGCCAAGAAGGUCUUCAACUACGUGAAACCCAUCUCAGCUCUGGCCGCCAUGCGUUCCCAGCUGGUGGCGCUCAAAAAGGCGCAUGCAGCGGGGGUGGCGGGCGGCAGCGGGGAGGAGGCGUUCAAGACCGCCUGUGCAACCAUGAUGAAGUACCUGGGUAACAUCGCCGCCAACCCGGGGGAGGAGAAGUUCCGAUCCAUCCGCCUCGCCAACGCGGCCUUCCAACAGCGCGUAGCGGCGCUGCCGGGCGCGGUGGACUUCCUGAUCACAUGCGGCUUCGAGAGGACGGAGGAGGCGCUUGUGAUGCGGGCGGACAAGGUCAACGUGGAGCUGAUCAACGGGGCUGGGGGGGCGCUGAAUGAAGCCCUCACCAACCCCUUCUUCGGCGUCCUGUGAGCCCGUGGGGGCAGUCCUGCUGCUGUGGGCUGCACCUUCUUCGCCCCUCUUCUUCACCCUUCUGCAUGCGUCGGGCCAUGGGAUUGGGAGCCUAGUGCUUCACUUCUUCAUCACCUUCUUUGUUGGACCUCGUUGCCCCUCGAGCCCUCGGGUUGGCGACUCCGGGGUGUUUUCCGGGUGUCGGAGGGGGGGCACCCGACCCUGCGGCAAGUGGCUGGCACACACGCACACGUGCAGCAGCGACAGCGGCAGCGAUGUGGCUUAGGUUUACCUCGGGUCAUGUUGGGGUGGUAGGAGGAGGAAGAGAUGCAGAUUGUGUGGGUGAACCGGUAUAGGCGUUUCGGGAUGGAGCGGUUGGCUGGUUGGGUGGUUGGGUUGCGCAGGCCUGAGUGGUGUGUGCUCGGAUGCGGUGAUGUGCUGUGAAGUGCAGGGUUGAUGGCCUGUGAUGUGCCUUGUGCAGUGCAGCCGGGGGCAGCCGGCGGUUCUGUCCUGGUCUCCUGAGGGGCAAGGUGGUUGUUACCGGUACUAAACCGCAAGCCCUUGCGGCUUUGGGGAGGUUUGUGUCACGUUGGGGUCCAACGGCAGAUGCUGGCAGAGGGGAGCAGCGGGCGAGCGGUGCUGCAUGGGCCGGGGCGCACGUGUCAAGCUGCCACAGACGUGUAGUACGGUAACCUGAGACGAGGGGGGGGCCGCAUGUUGGGUGGGCUUGGGGGAAAUCCUCCGCUGCGGUACGGUACGGUACGGUCUUUUAUGUCCAGGUCAGGUACUGGUGGUAUCGCGACGACAGCUUGUGUGCAGCUUUAUAAAGAAGAUUGGGAGAAGCACGUCCUAAGAGGGACGGCGAGGCGGGGUGGUUGGUCCGGUUUGGCCAGGAAGCCAUGUAGGACUUAGCCAAUUCGUAGUGGGGAAGGAUCCAGCGAUCUACCCACACUGAUUGGUAAGCGGCACAAAGUCACAUAAGAUUACAACUCUACAGCGUUUGACUUACGCGUAAUGCUUGUGCUUUAGGAAGAGGAUUCCUUCGCAUCAUGCCGAUCAUGCAAAUAGGGGUGCCUGUGACAACGUAGCGCCUGGCUGCUAUUGUGAGUAAGUAGAAACUUGCGCCUGCGUGCUGAGCCGGCAGUGCAGAUUUCCCUAUGUAAGCCGUUGUUGCAG